CUGUGUACGGUAUGUGUGAGGCAUGCGCAAAUCUGUACUUCCUGCCUGGUUCUUUUGAGAACAUUUUCUUCUCAAGAUCAAUGCAAGUUAAAGUCCUGUGAUCGUGUGCACCCUGUUGACCUGCUCUUAGCCCAUUUAUAAAUACACAUUUACGAUUUAAAAUCAUCUAAUUUCUUUCUCAUCAGUCUGCUCCCUUAAAACCUCAAUGGCCUGUCCGAAAAUAGUAAAUGAAUAAAUUGUAUUGAGUUCAAACAAAUAAAGGCUUUGUGGUUGUGGAAUGUUCUUGUGUGCUGGAUCCACAAAGGGGCAUAAAGACAAGAUCAGAGGGAAUGAAGGGAGGGUGAUGGAGGUCUACGGCCCGCUGAGGGACCUAUGACGCAGAUAAUAUUAUUGUAUAAGUAACGUGAACUGUGCCUGAAGGUUGGAUGAACCACAGUUUCCUCUUCUGCAUCCAUACCUGUGUUUGUUAAUAAAGAAACUGAUUUAGGUUUAAAACAUAUCAGAAAUGAAGCUGUUCAUCCUUUUAAUGUUGUCAGUCGGGAUUGGAGAAACAAACCUAUCAGGCCCUUUUCAGUACUACUUGAAAGAUGAACCUACUGCAGCAUUGCGAGGUCUCAGGGAAACCGAUGUCCGCUCCACUGCCGGACAUCGGUCUCCCAAACUCUCAGCACACAUGUACAUGGGUGUAACCAAUCCAGUGUUAGGCACAGGUCCUCACCAGAGCAAGUGGUGGUGGUCUCCAGAAAGACCUUACACUAAGAGGAGGCAAAAUCUGGCCUACUACAAUCUCAACUCAUUCGGCCUUCGCUAUGGAAAGAGGGAACAGAACAUGCUUGCAGAAUUUAAUCAGAAGAUAUCUGUAAAGUGAUACAUGUCUCUGUUUAGCAAUGUAUAGUGUUGAUUCUUUAAGGAUUUACAUAAUAGACAUUUCCUUUUAUGUAUUGUACUUUAUGUACCAUUUAUUUAAUUGACAUAUUGUAUACAGUAGGAUUUUAAAUUUUUUUGUAAACUGUAAUUAUAAUAAUAAAAAUGGAAUGGACACGUCUUGCAGAUAAUAAAAAAAAUAAACAAGCUGA